AUGGGUCGACAGCACAGAAAGGAGGAUCGCCAUGCGCGCAAAAAGACAAAGAUUGCCGCCACCAAGGCGCACUCGGCGUCGUCGACAGCCACGCCCGGCGUAGGCAAGCAGGCGACCAACGCCGGCUUUGUAUUCAACAAGAACCAGUUCGCCAGCCUCGUCAACAAGGGCAAGGCGAGGCAGCUCCAGCAGCUCCAGCAGCAGUACAACCAGCGAGGCCACAACGCAGCUUUCACAGCCAUGGACACGGACAGCGGCGACGUGGCUGAGCCAAGUGCGGCUGCCAAGCUGCGUGAGGAGAUCGCGGGGGCGGCUGCGAUGAGCAAUACCGAGGCGCAUCCGUCGCUCGAUCUUCAGGACGGCAGCAUCGAUGCGAUGGAUAGCCCGGCGCUGCAGCUCGAUCCCACGCUGACGGGGCGCAGAGACUCGUCGAUCAAGGCGUACAUGCGCGAGCUGCGCAAGGUGGUGGACAAUGCGGACGUGCUGCUCGAGGUGGUGGAUGCGCGCGAUCCGCUCGGAUGCCGGUCGCUCGAGACGGAGCGCAUGCUGCUGCGUGCGGGCAAAAAGGUGGUGCUCAUCCUCAACAAGAUCGACCUGGUGCCCAAGUCGAACGUGGAGGCAUGGCUGCGCUAUCUGCGCCACGACUUCCCCACGCUGGCGUUCAAGGCGUCGACGCAGUCGCAGCGCACGCAUCUGUCGCAGGGCGCGAGUGCGGUCAACUACACCAAGGCCGGCGCGGCGUCUUCGAGCAGCGACGCCAUCAGCAGCGGUUCCGAAGCGGUGGGUGCGGGGGCGGUGCUACAGCUCAUCAAAAACUACUCGCGCAGCCUCAACCUCAAGACGUCGAUUGCGGUGGGCGUGUUUGGUGCGCCCAACGUGGGCAAGUCGAGCCUGAUCAACUCGCUCAAGCGCGCACGCGUGUGCAGUGUCGCCUCGACGCCCGGUCACACCAAGGUGGUGCAGAGCGUGAUGCUCGACAAGUCGGUGCGGCUGCUCGACUGUCCCGGCAUCGUGUUUAGCGACGAGUCGGGCGCGGGCGCGGCGGCGCUCGGUUUGUCGCCCGAGGAGGUGCACAUGCGCAAGCAGUCGGCACUGCUGCGCAACGUGGUCAAGGUGGAGCUGGUGCAGGACCCCAUCACGCCCGUCGAGGCGAUCAUGGCGCGUGUGGACGCCGACCACCUCAUGCAAGUGUACGGGCUCGAGUGGUUCCAAGAGGGCGAUGCACAGGAUCUGCUCAUGCGCAUCGCCGUGCAACGCGGCAGGAUGGCGCGCGGAGGCAAGAUCGACAUCGACGGUACCGCACGCAGCGUGCUGCACGACUGGAACAUCGGUCGCAUCAAGUACUACACCCAUCCACCGGCGUUGCACCGCUCCGCCAUCCUCUCGACCCAAGCGACGGCGCAGGAGAGCGCGCCCGAGGCGAGGCUCGAGCAGAGUUCGGCGAUUCUCAGUGGGUUCAGCGAGGCGUUUGAUCUGGCGGCGCUGCUCGGCGAUGCGGAUGCCGAAGUGUUUGGCGCAGGCACGGGUCAGUCGAACGCUCCCCUGCCGGACGCUCCGGCCCCGCGAACAACCCCAACAGAGGCAGAGAGCGAGGCGGAUAUCGAGGACGACCAUGCGGCGCCCGCCCGCAUGCAAGGCGAGGUGGAGGCGGUGGAGGCGGUGGAGGCUGGCGAUACGUCCCGCCGCUCGACGCUGGGCAAGCGUUCGCGACUGUCGGACUCGGACGACUCGGAUGCGGACAGCGACGACGACCUUGCUACUCGGCACCGGCCACACGCCGUCCCCGGCCUGGACGCCGACCUCUCUGACGACGAUUCCCUCGCCACCCCGCAGCCCGAACUGGCAACUUGGGCGUGGCAAGACAAGCUGGCGGCCAAGGCGGCUGUGCCGGCAUCCAAGCGCGCCGCCGAGCUGGCGACCGCGUUUGCGCCCAACGAGCUUGCGCAGAUGGCGGCGCCCACGGGAGCGGCACGGCGCAAGAUGAAGAAGCUCAAGAAGCGCGCCGAGCGUGCGGGUGCGGGGCUCGUGAGCCAGCUGCAGGGCCAGAUGCUCGACGACGCCGCGCAUCCCGGCGCCGACGAGCAGGGCGCACGCGUGGCCAACGGCAUAUUUGGCAGUGUCGCGCUGCCGUCCAAGCCUGACGUGGUGCGAACGGGCAAGACGGGAAGCAUGUUUGAUGUGCUCUGCCAGCAGAUGGAGGACGAAGCGUCGGAUGGUGAGGCGGUGGCACAGGCGGAAGACUAUGAGGAGGAGCUGUAG